AUGACUGCAUUCCCGCUGCAGUCCCCGCAACCCGCCCCAGCGUUCACCGACGAGCCCCGCUCCCCGCCAGGUCUGCACCACAGUACUGUCUCCUCCGCUACCAUGAACUCCUUCAACCUCACUUUUGCUCCAAACAACGGCACCAACGGCCACCAGAUCGCCCAGCGCCACUCCCAAGACUUCCGCCCAGCGCCAGCCAACGGCGCCAUGCCUGGCACAAACCGCAACGGAGCUGUGCCCGUCCCGCACAAUCGCGUCGGCAACGGGGGCAUGGGCAACAUGCGUGGAGCAGACUUUGGACCGCGGAGCCCGCCAAACAACAAGAGCACGUCACACGUGCCGUGCAAAUUCUACCGCCAGGGAGCCUGCCAGGCGGGCAAAGCCUGUCCCUUCCUUCACACUGACGAGCCCACCGAGAGAGCUCCUUGCAAGUACUUUACUAAAGGCAACUGCAAGUUCGGCGCCAAAUGUGCCCUCGCACACAUUCUCCCCGACGGCCGCGUAGUCAACAAGCAAGGCUUUGGAGGAGGUGGACAUCUCAAUCUCGGAGGGAGGGUCAAUCUGCAACACCAUGCCGAGCCCCCGCCACCCACCUCGCUGCUCUCCAUGCAGGCACACAUGGCCCCGAUGCAGCCAUCAAAUUACGCCUACAGUCAGAUGCAGGAAGAUCCUUGGAGCCAGCCCCGCCAGAACGCAAACUACGAUAUACCCACUAUCGACACUACCUUUUCGUCGCACCCCGGAUCCAACUACGGCUCGCCCCCGAACGACGGCGGCCUCUUGCCCAUCUCUCCAGGUCAGAAGGGUCGGAGCGUUCUGGACGCGCCGCUUCCAGCCUCCUUCGACAGUCAGGGGAUCUCGCACAUGGCGCGUUUUGGCCCUCUUGCUGCAUCUGUGCCAUCUAGGUUCGGUCUCGGAUCCUCGCCUCCAUCCUCGUAUCCGGAAAAGAGCAUCGGCGACUCGCCCGCACUUCGAAACCUUCACAACUCCGCAUUUGGCGACGAUUCUCGCAACGGUCGGAACGACCUCCUAGGCUCGUCGCCGCCAGACUCCACCGAUCAGCAGUACGGCCGACGCAUCAUGCACUCGGAGCGCUUCUCGUCAAGGUCAAAGAACGCCCUAUCGUCAAGUCUUGGCGCGAAACCUCCUCGUACAGGAUUCGAGGACUGGGACGCAGACGGAGAGGGGCUUAUUUUCCCUCAUGAGGAAGAGAUGCUCCCUAGUACCUUGGGUGAGCUUCUGACCCCACAGGAGAAUAUGCGCCGUCAAUCACGGGACCAUGGCGAGUCGUUUUCUGGAUUAGGAGUAUCGCCUGCAGACUCUGGCUCUAAAGUAGGCUCUCCGUCUGCUGCAUCUUCUUCUCCGUCUCGGUUCCAGUCGCUGUUCUCGCGCGCUCGACCGAAUGAAGGCGGGGUAGAGAGCGGAUCGGGUCCAGCAGGUGCAUCUGCAUUUGGUCAUGUAGGAUCUCCCCUUCGAAACUCUAGUCUGCAUCCUGGGGCGAGCCCUUCGAUCCGAGCUACCACGCGCCCUACGUCGGGAGAUGGUAGCAGCUUCUUGUCAUCGCCCCCUCGUCAAACAAGCAGCAUGGGCCUGCUCACCCAACAACUGCAACGCACGCGAAUCAACUCCCGAGCUUCAGAUGGAUCCGAACACCCUGGAAUGGGUAUGCGUGUUUUGUCCGCUGGUUCCAUUGGAAGUUCAGCCGGAGGUCGGAUUAGCGUCGAUCGUGCCGUCAGCAGCUCAAGUAUCAAUCGAGAGCGCAUUGACGAGGAGCAAGGGCUGUUUAGCAUGGAGGAGGAAGAAGAAGCGGAGCGCAGCAAGGAGAAGAGCAAGGAUGAGCCGGCCGUUGGUUCUCUCAGCAGCGCAAAUCAGAAGCGGUUGUCCGGCGGGAACGACCCGUGGGCGUCCUACAGCAGGUCGCCUCCAGGCUUGGGUCCUAUCGGCGGACAGAGGGCUUCAAGUGGGACUGUGGGCAGCUUGGGGAAGAGCAACCGUACCUGGAACACGAACACAUGA